UUUCUUUUAUGGGCAUUUUACCGGGCUGCCGAGGCAAUGCGGGUUUCGGUGGGCAUCGAGCCCGCUAACGAAUGAAUAACGACGUGAAUUUAGCCAUGCUGCACACACGAACGACGAGACGCGCGCACAGAGCGAUUCACCGCGUCAACGAAAUCUAAUUCUGCAUAAUGGUUGAUACCCUCUUAUGCAUCGUCGACGGAUAAAAAGACUUAAAUAAUAGAGUCGUUUCGGAUUGCACUUACUUUAAGAUAAUGUAUUUAUAUCUCUUAAAACGAAGGCAGAAGCCCGCGUUAUUUAAUCGGUUCGUUAUUAGUUUUAUCGGCUGGACAAUUUGAAGACGCAAAAUAUCUGACCACCCGACGCGCGUUUCGCUCGAAAGUACGCUCCGUCGCUAUUUAUAUUCAUAUUCGAUACUUUUCGCUCGAAAGUACGCUCCGUCGCUAUUUAUAUUCACAUUCGAUCCUUUUCGCGAGGAUUUUUAUCUGGGAGAACGGGCCCGCUAAGGGAAACCUAACACGUUUUUUUUUUUUUAAAGGCUUGAGAUGUUUCGGAUUUUUCCAUCGCGAAGGGCUUCAUCUGUUUACAUAUUUUGAGAACACGUGACAUUUAUGGCACUCAAGUGCCACGGGAAAAACGGUCAUUGGGACGUCAUACUGCGAAGUACCGGAUGUUUCGGGGCGACCUUUUCUUUCAUCUGUUUACGUUCCCUCGCAUAUCGUCAUUAUUGUCUAGCCGCUUAAGCCGUAUCCCUUGAACGUCCUUUGGGCCAAGUAUUUACAGCCUCUUCUCUCGCACGUGAGGUUCCCAGAAGCGGCGCAUUUCUCCUCGGCGAAUUUUUUAGACAAAACUCCCUUUCCUAGUUUUUCAGCGAUUCCUUCGUCAAGGUACAUUUAACCUUCGACGGCGCCUAAUUACGUUCCAUUCGCGAUAUUACGUUCCCUCGACGAGCAUGCCAAGGCAAUUUGAAUAUUCGCCCAGCUUACGCGUUUAAAUAAAAUCCGUGCGCCGAGGUGAGGCCGCCUCGUCUGGAAUAUAAAAUUCGUUAGUGUUGCGGAAUAUGAUUCUCGGCAGGGAUAAAGUGAGAAGCCGUCUCGAGUGAUUCGCCUACACCUUCUCCCGAAGUUAGCGCAUUGACGAUAAGGAUACGAAGGACGUCGGGGACGAAUACACGAAAUUAAGCGUAAUUUAUUAAGCGACCCGUUAUUAAAUAUUUAUUAAAUGUGAAGAUAGAAGCGGACGAUACGUAUAUCGUCACUCAUCGAGCGUUCGUCCGGGCCGAUAUAGGCGCCUCAGGUUCGAGCGCUCCCAUUGGUCGGUCGCCGCCGCCGUCGACCAAUCAGAAUCGAGAGCGAGCGGCACUCCCCCUCCCUCGACCGCGCUCUCGGUUUCAUUCCUCGGAGAGUGGCUGAGAUCGUCGGUAGCGGUCGGUGGUGGUGGCCCGAGCUCGUGACCGUUCGCCGUCCCGACUUGGCGCUUUCCCCGCGUCCUCGCACCCUCUCGAGACCUCUUGGAGCUCUGCGCCGAGGUGGAGAGAUGUCAGAGCUCGUCUACAGUUUCUCCGAUACGUGGAACCACUGACGAGGCGAAAUCGCGCUCAGUCGAGCCGUCGGCAACUGGAUGGUCAACGGGCCGAACGUGGGUAUAAUACUAUUAUUAUCGGCGCUCAUUAGACAGCCCAAUUUCGUCACCGUCUUCCGUGACAGUUGGGCUCCGACCGGUCCACCGUCGACGCGCUUUGAAUGCCCGUUACGCGGCCAGGUAGCGAGUGCAUUCCUCGAGCCAUGUGCGGAGCUCCUUCGUCGCGUGCUCGGCUUGAAGUGGGACGAUCGUAACAAUUGUUGAUAGUUGGGAAACAAAUGCGGAGGAAGCCCCCGCGAUCCAGAGGUUGUGCGGCUUUUUGGGCUUUUCGUUUUCUCGAGCAAACGUCGCUCGGCGAAUUGAUACGAUCUUUUAUUUCGCUGUAAGUUGAUCGUCGACGAGCGGAGACCACCGUGAACAAAUGUGACUCGUCUGCAAACGUACGAGUGAUCUAAAAGAAGUAUUCUAAAUAAAGACUCCGGCAGGAAGAGGAGCUCGAGACAAGGAUAAUUCCUGGAAGGGAAGUUUGCCAUCAUGGACGGUGUUGUUUCCAAUUUGAAAGCAUGCGUGGUGUCCGCCAAAGGUGGAAUCUCCAUCAGCCACCUAAACAGGGACUUCAAACUGCUCAUAGGAGAUAAUAUUCCAUAUAGGAAAUUGGGUUUCAGUACCCUUGAGAGUUUCCUGGCUGAAAUACCUGGGAUUAGAGUCGUUAAGCGGGGAUCCGAUCAGUUCGUGGAGGCAUUACCAACGGCUGAGACGGCACACAUUACAAAAAUGAUUUCUAGACAAAAGUCGGCACCAAAGAAGCCCAUGAGAAAACUGGCUACCGCUAAUCGAAGACCAGCACCUUCUUCUUACCAAUUUACCCCCAUGAGCAAUGCUGCGCGGUCUCAACAUUCCCGUACUAUGAAUGAUGUAAAAAAGAACGAAAGGUUAUCGAAUCUAACACCUUUAAUGUCGCUACCCGUAACACCACCGGCUUCCGUUUCACCGAAACCACGAUUUCUGACAUCGAAUGCAGAAAUGUUGCAAAGAUCACCCACGAAGCAAAUGCAAAGCAGAUGGGUUCCUCCUCCACCGGUAUCUUUAAGCCAAAGUAAAGACAUACCUAAAAGUAUUGAGAACCAUGUGAAUAAUAUGAACGGAGAAAAGCCUAAAAGUCCUGUGGAGUAUCCGGUCCGAAAUCACGAACCAAAGAACUUGCAAAAUGGAGGCUUGAUUUUGCAACAACCACAGAAAUCACGAUCCAGUGUAAAUGACAGGCUAUUGAUAAAACGUGCAACGGUGCCACCUCCUUAUCCAACUCAAUUAGUAGAAAAUGGAAAUCAUUCAACCCUGCCAAAACCCAUGGUACAGCAACCGCCUUCAUUAAUGUUGGGAAAACCGAUCGGUCCACGCGAAGAAUUAAAAUAUCUUGUUCGUUCGUUUAAUUUAUCGGAACCUGAGUAUAAGUGCUACCAGACAACGGAAAAGCAUGGUAAUAAAGGAACCGUCGUUUACUGUCAAGUGAAGGUUAGCGGUAAAAGUUACAUGAGCUAUCCUCAAGUAGCGCGAACCUAUGACGAAGCUGAAAAGUACGCGGCUGCCGAGGCUUUAAAGGCUCUUAAGGAAGAGUACGAACCAUUGGGCAAUAUCGCUGAAACGACAGAUAGGGUUUUGAUAAGAAAACGCGUGAUUACUAUUAUAAAUGAGCAUCCGAGUGGCGUUUUUAUACAUCAACUUCCGAUAUAUUACAAACAGAAGUUUUCAGAAAGCUUACCGGAAAACUGGCUAGAGAUUAUAAAAGCGAACCCUCUGGUAACUGUAGAUAAGGUUGCUGACAAUUCUGUGAUUCUGCUACGACAUACCCCGUGCGUUAAGAAGGUCGAUGAACACGUUCUGCAGAAGGAAGAAAAAAUUCAGCUGAAACCAAUUGGACCUGCUAUUCCUGGACAGUUAGAGCUGCCUGAAGAAGAUUUCUGGAUUGUACUAGUUACUUGCACUCUUAGUACCAUGGAUAUUUGGGUUCGAAUAGUCGGUGAAGAGUACAGUGAACAAUUGGAAGUUAUUGCUUCUGAAAUGGAACAGUAUUAUGCCCCCCUGGAACGCUCGACGGUAACUUCGGCAGUCGAUGUUGGUAGCUACUAUGCCGUCUUCCAAGACGAUUCAUGGCACAGAGUCGAGUGCGUCGAGUUUGAUGCUGCCAGUGGUAAAGCUGCAGUGUUCUUCAUUGAUCAUGGAGAUGACGAUGUUUUUCACUGCAGUAAAUUGUAUCCGUUGGAGAAACAGUUCUGUCUCCUUCCUGCUCAAGCCUUCAAGGUGUGUUUGGCUGGUUUGGCAGAAUUUUCAGAAUGUAAUAACGCGGUAACUCAUCUUGAAGAUGUCUUAUUGGAACGUACGCUCCACGCGGAGGUUGUCAGUCGCGAGAUCUUUGAUGACGAGCCAUUUAUAGCCGUUAUAUUACACGAUACCAGUGGCCCAGAAGACGUCAAUCUCAAUCCGAUUCUUUCCACGAGAAUAAUGCAACAGGUUCUCACUCCUCCUAAACUAGAUGCGGAAGGACAAGUGACCGAAGUUUUUAUUUCUCAUGUAGACGAAAACGGCGAUGUGUACGUUCAAGUGAAAUCGGAGAGUAUGACUUAUUUGACCACGUUAUUAAAUCAACUGAUCAAUGCUGGGUUAAGUGCGGAAGACUUGAGAAGAAGUACCGUAACGGCUAUCGAUACGACGGAAGUAUACUUUGCUUGGUGCCUACAGGAUCAAAACUGGUAUCGAGCAAAAGUAGUCGAUAUCUCGAAAACGACAAAUCAAGUGAAGAUGUUCCUCAUUGACUUUGGCAAAUACAUUAUGGUUGGAAAAAAGAAUCUCGUGUGUUUGCAGAAACUGUCGGACGUUUUGGCCAUAUACCCACAUCAGGCAUUAAAGGUUCGGCUUCACAAUAUUCCACCUUCGAUAUUCAGCGAGAAGAUGGUCUCCAGGUUAACCGACCUGGCGCCGCCCAGCGAACCUCUCCUGGUGAAGGUUGUCACGCCGCAAUCGACCGACUCCCCAGCAGUCGUGGAAUUAUUUAAACGAAUUCAGCCAGACAACGUUCUCGCUUCCAUUAAUAACACUUUAAUUCUGGAACCUGAACUUAUCAGAACGAACGGUGAUGGCAACAACAAUACGAGAGUACGUAAGCGACUGGAUCGUAUAAUGUCUCGACAUGGAGAAGGCGAUUCGGUAGCGUGUUCUUUAAAGCCGCCACGUAUUUCGAACAUCGGCAGUUAUUUCGACGUGCACGUUACAAUGGCUGCAAAUCCAGGAAACUUUACCGUUCAGCCCUACGAGGAUUCUGUACCACUUGAGGCAAUGAUGGUUCAGUUGCAAGAAACUUGUGCCGCGUUUAAAGGACCAUGUCCAACCUCGGAUUCCGUGAAAGAAGGUAGAUUGUACGCUGCCAAACAUAGCGAUGGCUUUUGGUAUCGUGUCUGCAUUUCGAACGUCAUCAACGAUACAACGGUCACCGUCUAUUUUUGCGAUUUUGGGGACGUUUCUGUGUUAACGUUGGAUAAACUACAACCUUUGAAGUCGCAAUUUAUGGAGUUACCUUAUCAGGCUAUCAGGGCCAGGCUUGUCGGAAUUCAACCAGUCAACAUAGACUGGUCUGUGGAAGACUGUCUAAGAUUUCACGAAUUGGUCGUCGAACGAAAUUUCGUCUCCAUUGUACGAGAAUCUGGACCCGACAAGUUGUCUCCAGCUGAUACCUUGCUCGGUCUGACAUUGAUAGAUGUCAGUGGACCCGAGGACGUUUAUAUCGACAAACUUCUCAUAGAGGAGAGAAGGGCCGUGUCCGCCUAGAGAACGCUAAAUACGUCUGUUAUUCCUAAUUCGAUAACAAACUGCGAUAUUAGUUCAACGCAACGCAACGUUUGCAGGACAGUACAAAGAAAAAAGAAAAUGAAAAAAUGGAGAAGACGGAUCCAGCAGGAUAUCUAAUGAAUCUCGUUGAUUUGAUAUCGACAGCAGACUGCUUUACCCCCUUGAGUCUAGCCAUUGAUCGAACGGUCGAUCCAAACUCCUAUGCAUUUGGAUGAGAGUAAAACAAAGUAAACGAAAUCUUGGUGCUGUAAAAUGGAUCGUGCGCGGGCGAUGACUUCCGAAAUGAUAAUGUACCCGUCCGUAAAACCGUUUACGGGAAUUCAUUUCAUCGGAGGUUGCGCACGAAUGUUUGCUUUUUUUUAUGCUCAAAAAUGCGAGGGUUUCUUUCUGUAUAUUAGCAGAGAUUAAUAUAUAGAAACUCAGGUAUAUGGAAGCUUUAGUGAUUCGUUUUUUUUUUUUUUUCUUUCGAAGGUUUAUCCAAAGUUACGCAUGCUUACGACAACACUAUUUAUGUUAUUCUUCCUUAGUACGAAGCCAUUGGUCGGUCAUACGACAACUCAGUAGUGUUUUACUGCAGGCCAUAAACCUAACUGAGCCCUUGACAUACGACUUCGCUUCACGACUGAAUGCAGUAGUAAUCGUAAGAACGCAUUUUUUUUAUCGUACAUAUUCCUAUGUUGUGUUUCCUUAAUUUUCGUAUAUAGACGCGUUUCUAUAGUGAUUCACAAAGACAGUUUCAUUUUAACCUUAGCAGGUACGUUUUCGGGUCCUAAUUAUCUGUUAUUCUCGUUGACUUUACCCACUAGGCUUUUAAAACUCGCUUACCGUUGGGUCAAGAUUUUUAGUGGAUGGCGUAAAGAUUUAAUGAUCCGAUAGUAUAAACGUAGUGAAGCCAUUUAAUUGUUGGAAACCAAUCGAAUGAUUCCCCGUCCUGUUCGAGGUAAUCGAGUUGCCGAUUACAGCAAAGAGAUAGAACAUUGACUCGAUUGACUGAUGAUUCCGCAGCCUGGAACAGUGCUCUUCCAGUGUGUUAAAAUUACCCGCUCCCCUAACUUAUACGUAAAUAUGAAUAUUGUUUUCAAAAUGAUCCACCAACGGGUGAUUAAAUACGUUUGCUUGUACUCGUAUUCAGUAUUAAUGUGACAUAUUGUAUUGGCAAAACGUUCCGAAGGCCGCGUUCUAAAUUUUCGGAAGAGAUAAGGUUUUGUCAAAUGUUCAUCGAUAUAUCUUGUAAGAAUUGAAAGCAAUAAUUUUAUUAUA